UUUCCCAAGAUGGCGGCCGACGUGUCCGUUACUCACCGGCCGCCGCUGAGCCCAGAGGCUGGGGCCGAGGUUGAGGCUGGUGAUGCCGCGGAGCGCCGGGCGCCUGAAGAAGAACUGCCGCCACUAGAUCCAGAGGAGAUCCGGAAACGUCUGGAACACACCGAGCGCCAGUUCCGUAACCGCCGCAAGAUACUGAUCCGGGGCCUCCCGGGGGACGUGACCAACCAGGAGGUGCACGACCUGCUCAGCGACUAUGAGCUCAAGUACUGCUUUGUGGACAAGUACAAAGGGACAGCCUUUGUGACGCUGCUGAAUGGGGAGCAGGCGGAGGCCGCCAUCAGCGCCUUCCACCAGAGCCGCCUGCGGGAGCGGGAGCUCUCGGUGCAGCUGCAGCCCACGGACGCCCUGCUCUGCGUGGCCAACCUGCCCCCCAGCCUCACACAGCAGCAGUUCGAGGAGCUGGUGCGGCCCUUCGGUAGCCUGGAGCGCUGCUUCCUAGUCUACAGUGAGCGCACUGGUCACUCCAAGGGCUACGGCUUCGCCGAGUACAUGAAGAAAGACUCAGCCGCCCGCGCCAAGUCAGACCUGCUGGGCAAGCCCCUGGGCCCACGCACCCUCUACGUGCACUGGACAGAUGCCGGGCAGCUGACACCUGCCCUGCUCCACUCCCGCUGCCUCUGUGUUGACCGCCUGCCGCCUGGCUUCAGUGAUGUGGAUGCCCUGCGCCGAGCGCUGUCAGCCGUCCACACCCCCACCUUCUGCCAGCUGGCAUAUGGCCAGGACGGGCAGCUGAAGGGCUUCGCUGUGCUGGAGUACGAGACGGCAGAGAUGGCAGAGGAGGCCCAGCAGCGGGCAGACGGCCUGGCCCUGGGAGGCAGCCAUCUGCGCGUCUCCUUCUGCGCCCCCGGGCCCCCUGGCCGCAGCAUGCUGGCUGCUCUCAUUGCUGCCCAGGCCACGGCCCUCAAUCGGGGCAAAGGGCUCCUGCCAGAGCCCAACAUCCUGCAGCUGCUCAACAACCUGGGGCCCUCUGCUUCCCUCCAGCUGCUGCUCAACCCCCUGCUCCACAGUGGCGCGGGUGGCAAGCAGGGCCUCCUGGGCGCGCCCCCGGCCAUGCCGCUGCUCAACGGGCCUGCCCUGUCCACGGCGCUGCUGCAGCUUGCCCUCCAGACCCAGAGUCAGAAGAAACCUGGGAUCUUGGGAGACUCUCCUCUGGGCACUCUCCAGCCUGGGGCCCAGCCAGCCAACCCCCUCCUCGGGGAGCUGUCUGCAGGAGGGGGCCUGCCCCCUGAGCUGCCACCCCGGCGAGGGAAGCCGCCACCCCUGCUGCCGCCACUGCUCGGCCCCUCUGGAGGUGACCGGGAACCCAUGGGCCUGGGUCCUCCAGCACCCCAGCUUACUCCACCCCCCGCCCCCGUGGGGCUCCGAGGCACGGGCCUCAGAGGCCUCCAGAAAGACAGUGGGCCUCUGCCAACGCCCCCUGGGGUCUCUCUGCUUGGGGAGCCCCCCAAGGACUUCCGGAUCCCCCUGAAUCCCUACCUGAACCUACACAGCCUACUCCCAGCCAGCAACCUGGCGGGUAAGGAGGCCCGGGGCUGGGGAGGCGCUGGGAGAAGCCGCCGCCCAGCUGAGGGCCCCCUGCCUCACCCCCCAGCCCCCGGAGGCGGUGGUGGAGGUGGCGGCAGCAGCAAAGCCUUCCAGCUCAAGUCCCGCCUGCUCAGCCCCCUCUCCAGCGCCCGCCUACCCCCCGAACCAGGGCUGCCUGACAGCUAUGGCUUCGAAUACCCCUCAGAUGUGGGACCUCGGCGGCUCUUCUCCCACCCACGGGAGCCAACCCUUGGGCCUCACGGACCCAGCCGACACAGAAUGUCCCCCCCACCCGGUGGCUUUGGCGAACGGGGUGUCGGAGGUGGCGGUGGGCCCCUCUCCCACCUCUAUGCGGGCUCACCCACGUCCUGCUUCACCAGCGGCCUGCAGGCUGGCCUCAGGCAGAGCCACCUUAACAAGGGGCUGCUUCCUCUCCCAUCCCACAUCUCCCAUUUCUCCCAGGUGGUUGGCUCCUCCCCACUGGGCUCCGGAGAAGGGCUCCUGGGCCUCGGCCCUGGGCCCAAUGGCCACAGCCACUUGCUGAAGACCCCACUGGGUGGACAGAAACGCAGCUUCGCCCACCUGCUGCCCUCACCUGAGCCCAGCCCAGAAGGCAGCUAUGUGGGCCAGCACUCCCAGGGCCUUGGUGGCCACUACGCAGAUUCCUACCUGAAGCGCAAGAGGAUUUUCUAAAGGGCCAGUGCUGGAGAUGCUCAAAGGCCUGCACCAAAUCGCUUUGGGGUUUUCUGGUGUUUUGUUGUUAGUUUUCUUUUCCUUUGGGUAAUAGAAAAAUCUCUGAAAGACUUUGCUGACCAACCAGCAGGAGCCCAAGGAGUGCGGGGGGUAUCUGGGAGCACUCUGCACCUCUGGCCUGCUCCCAUCGUGGAAACCCUGCAGCCUUAAGAGGGAGGGGCACCAGCCUGCUCUCUCUCCCCUCCUCCCGCCACCGUGUCCCUCUGUGUCCGUCUCUCUGGGAGUCCCCUCCUGCCUCAUCGCUCCUGUGUCUUGGCCUUUCGAGUGCCUUGGAGGUUUCCCUGACCUCCCGUGAGGAUCAGAGACUGUCCCCCCUUUUCUAACUUUGACAAUUGACUUCGGUUUCCUUUUCUAAUUUUUAUUAUUUUUAAACAAUCCAGGACGUUCCCUCCCUGCCCCCCCAGCUCUGAUUCCUUCAAGGUCCAGCAUGUCUGGGCCUCCAUUCCACACUUUCCGGUUUGAAAUGGCUCAGCCCUUUUUUCUUUCUCCCACACUUGUUGCAGGCAUGGCUGUCUCCUGCCCUGGCCUGCCCUCUCUGGCCUGUACCCCAGCUCCGGGUCCCCUGCUCCCUACCAUAGUCCCCUUGCCUUCUGAUGCCUUAAAAGCCAGGCCCCAGACCCCUCCGGCCAGAGCCUCUCAGAUGCUGAGCUCCGGAAGCUUGACUCAGGACCAAAUGGCUCUGGCCUGGGGAUCGGGCCCCUCUACCCAAGGUCCCCGAUCGUGGGGACAGUAGAAGGCCAAAGUUUUGGUCUUGGCAAACCAGUCCCACCAGCCCUCUCUGCCCAGGCCUAGGUGCGGGGUGGGCUUUCUCUGCCAGCUUAACCCAGUUCCCCUGCUGUCCUACUGUCUGUUGGGCAUUGUGCAUCUCACUGAGCCUCUGUCCUCUCCCCCAUGUUGAAGAUGAGCCUUGCAUUGUCAUCCCCAAGCCAGAUCACCCAGAGCUGGCCUCCCUGUGGCCCAGUGCUGGAAAAUAAGACAAGGUGCAGAUAAACUCUGCCCCUUCCCACCAUCAGGACCUGUUAGCCUGAGGUGACCCUGGGCUGUGACCCUGGCCAGCUGGGCCACCAGCUCCCCUCCCCUGACUCGGCGUCCACAUCCACUCCGGGGGGCUGUCUCCUCCCCAAUCUCACACAAACCUUUGCUGAAUUAAAGUUUGUAAGUAAAUGGUUUUAAAGAAA